AUGCUCGAGGCUGAACCCUCGGAUGCAAUCAAGAAUGUCAAGGCCAAGAUCCGGGAUAAGGAAGGAAUUCCUUUUGGUACAACCACUUUGCCCAUGGCCCUGCUGGACAACAAGGAGGCCCAGAAGGACGCGGACGCCCCGAGAACCACUCACAGCCUCUUGGGCAGCUCGGAGUUGAGGUGCAGGGCCCCACUCUCCCCACAGCCAUCCUGUGGAGGCAGUGCCUGGGGCAGCCAGAGCAGGCUGUCCCAGAGGGAGAAGGUGUCCCCUCUGCCCUCGACGGCCAUGAGCAGACAGUCCCCAUGGAGGCACCCAGAGCCCAAGAUCCUUGGUAAGAAGAGCUGCAGCCCAUCUGGGAGUGAGGACAAGGGUGCUUUCCCAGAGGGGCCUCUGCUAGACCAGGGGCCGGAAGGAGGUGCUGGCCUGGGGGCCCAGGACCACAGAGACUCACCCAUGUGCUGGGAGAAGAGCGUCAUUCCUGACAACAUUCGCCACAAGUUUGGGAGCAACACAGUGGAUGAGCUGGUCACUGAGAAGCAGGCUCGAAGGGCCAUCCAUGAAGACAUGCAGAAGAGGCCAAGCUCAUGGCCCACUGGGACCCAGACCCCUGUGGAUAUCUCCUCCGCCUUCUCAGACUACUAUGACUUGGGCUACAACAUGCGGGCAAACUUGUUUCAAGGGGCCCCAGUGGAGCAAAUUAGCCUCAUGAAGGCGUCCUACACCAUGGAGGCUAUUGAUCGGUCGGUGAAGGACAUAGAACACUGGCACGGCCGGAAGACGGAUGAACUGGGACGCUGGCACCAGAAAAAUGCUAUGAACAUGAGCUUGCAGAAAGCACUGGAGAAGAAAUUAGGAGAGAAGAACCAAUCCAAGGGCUGA